ACUUUCAGGCCAACUAUGGAGGAGUUCCGGGACUUUGCAAAGUAUAUAGCUUACAUUGAGACCCAGGGUGCACAUCGUGCUGGAUUAGCUAAGGUGAUUCCUCCAAAGGAGUGGAGGCCACGCAGGUCAUACGAGACUAUCGAGGAGAUGGUCAUCCCAGCCCCCAUCAUGCAGGUGGUCACGGGCCAGUCUGGCCUUUUCACUCAGUACAAUAUCCAGAAAAAGUCCAUGACCGUCGGCGAGUACCGCAAACUGGCCAACAGCAAGAAGUACUGCACGCCCCCACACAAGGAUUUCGAUGACCUGGAGAGAAAGUACUGGAAGAACCUGACUUUUGUGUCGCCCAUUUACGGCGCAGACAUCAGUGGAUCCCUCUAUGAUUCGGAUAUCGGCGAGUGGAACAUCGGCCAUUUGGACACACUACUGGACAUGGUGGAACAGGAGUGUGGCAUUGUGAUUGAGGGAGUGAACACACCCUACCUGUAUUUUGGCAUGUGGAAGACCACCUUUGCCUGGCACACAGAGGAUAUGGACCUCUAUAGCAUUAAUUACCUGCACUUUGGUCAGCCCAAGUCCUGGUAUGCCAUUCCACCUGAACAUGGCAAGAGAUUGGAAAGACUUGCCCAAGGGUUCUUUCCGGGCAGCUCUCAGGGCUGUGAUGCCUUCCUCCGCCACAAGAUGACUCUCAUCUCUCCCUCCAUCCUCAAGAAGUACGGCAUCCCCUUUGAUCGGAUCACUCAGGAGGAAGGGGAGUUCAUGAUCACGUUUCCGUAUGGAUACCACGCCGGUUUCAACCACGGUUUCAACUGCGCCGAAUCCACCAACUUUGCCACCCUGCGUUGGGUCGACUACGGCAAAAUGGCCACACAAUGCACGUGCCGUAAGGACAUGGUGAAGAUCUCCAUGGACGUGUUUGUACGCUGCCUUCAGCCGGAGCGGUACGAACAGUGGAAACAGGGCAAAGACGUCACUGUGCUGGAUCACCAGAGGCCUACCACCCUCACCUGUCCCGAACUCGAGCACUGGAGAAAAAACCGUGUCCCCUACAGGGAGAGGCUGCUCCAAAGGGCCCUGCAUAAGAAGAAGAUGUUGCAGCGGUUGAAGCUGGAGGAGGUGAAGGUGUUAACGGAGGAGGGCAUUGAGCUGGACCCUGACUACCAGAAACAGGUGGAGCAGAGGGAGGCCCAGAGGAGGCAGCAGAGAGAGGAGCGCAGGUUAGCUCUGCAGAAGGCGUUGGAGAUAAGGGAGCAGGAGCAACAAGAAGCAGCCCAAGGAGAAGGAGAGGAGCAAGAAGCCCAGCCUCAGCCCCCAGCCCAGGAUGGGGAGCAGGUGGCCAAAAAGAAGAAGAAGAAGAGGAAGGUGAAGAAGGCUGAUCAGCUCUCCCUCCAGGAAACCUUUGAGAACAUUGCCACGAGUCAAGCAGAAGAGAGUCAGAACUUGCUUUCUGCAGAGAGCGCUAAGGCUGAUCCAGACAGGAACAGCAAACAGUCCCACUCGUACUCGAAGCUGAAGAUGAAGGUGGAGGUGAAGAAGAGUCGGAGGCACCCGUUCAGCAAACCGCCCAUGCGCUCGCCGCUCUUUAUCGUCAAACAGGAGGCUUCCAGCGACGAAGAGCUGUACCCUGGGCUUCCAGUAGGUGGUGGUGCAGAGCAGGAAGUGAAGAAGACGGAGCAGUGCCACCUGUGGCAGAGUCGCUCUCCCGACUUCCUGGCAGAGCGGCAGUUCAACGCCGCCAUGGCUACCAUUGAGCCCUACUGCGGCGUGUGCACCUUGUUCUGCCCGUACACCCAGCCUCUGAAGGAUCUUUUCCACCCCACUGAGAGCCCUGCUGGCCCAGUUCCACGCUGUGGCAGUCUGACUCGGCCGCUGGUGCCAGAAAUGUGCUUCAGCGCUGGGUCAGAUAACACAGAGCCUCCACCCUCCAACACACACACUGGAGACGAUGGCACCAGCCCACUACUGUCCUGCUCCAGCUGCUGUCUACAGGUUCAUGCAAGUUGCUAUGGCGUCAGUCUGGACUCGUUGGAGAAGCACUGGACGUGUUCUCGGUGCACCGCGGUGGCCUGGACGGCGGGCUGCUGCUUGUGCAAUCUAAGGGGAGGUGCUUUAAAGAAGACCACGGAUGAUAGGUGGGUCCAUGUGAUCUGUGCCAUCGCCGUGGCUGAAGCUAGAUUUGUCAACACUGUUAAGAGAGAGCCAGUGGACGUGACGGCCAUCCCCAGCACCAGGAAAAGCCUGAAGUGUGUUUACUGUUACAAGACCACAAAGCAGAUUUGUGGCGCCUGCAUCCAGUGCUCCUACGAGAACUGCUCCACCUCCUUCCACGUCACCUGCGCCCACCUCGCAGGGGUGGUCAUGAAGCCUGCUGAUUGGCCGUACGUGGUGUCCAUCACUUGUCACAAUCACAAAGAGAACAAGAUCCAAAAGGUGAAGUUGGGAUCUCGGGAGUUGUCUCUGGGCCAGCAGGUGGUGGGGAGGAGCAGUGACGGUUGGUUCUAUCCUUGCACCGUCAUCGGUAUCAGCUCUCAGACUCUCUACGAGGUCACUUUUGGGGACGGGUCCUACUGUGACAACAUCUACCCUGAGAAUGUACUGAGCCAUGACUGCCUUCGGUCCGGUCCUCCAGCCACGGGUGAACACAUCGUGGUGAAAACUUUAGACGACCAGGUGGUCAAUGCCUAUUUCGUCAAGAAGCAUGUCCACUGGUUUUAUCAGGUAGAGUUCCAGGAUGAGUCACAGUUGCUGCUGAAGCGUACUGACAUCCACUCUCUGGAAAAGGAACUGCCCAAGAGGGUCCAGUCUCGCCUGGUCUCUUCAAACUCACAAGAAGCUGUCCAAUCAGCAGAUGAAGCUCAAGCGGCUAAGCGGCCACGCCUUCCCAGCCCACCGCCCACGCCUGCCAACGGGGUCUCCGCGACGCGCGGCCCCAAAGCUACUGCCUCACUGCCCCCCAGUGUUACCCCUAAAACCAGCACCUCCGCUACAGCCCCCGUCCCUCAGUCCGCAUCAGCCCCGAAGCCAAGCCAGGGAUUCACACACAGCACCAGCUAUAUAGCCUACAUGGAAUCUCUGCUCAACUCAGACUUUCCAUCAGAGACAGGGGGAGGAGGGGGGCCCAUGUUGCAUCUGGUGUUGUGA